AUGGGAAAACUAUUAAAUUACUUGUGUAUAUUCAGCGUUUUGUUCGCUGUUUCUUUAUCGUUGCGGGAUAACAACACGAGUGUAAAAAAAACAACUGAGGGUGAGGCUGAAGGGUGGUCUUGGCCUGGUUGGGGCCAAGUUUUUGGCGGCAGGCAAGCCUCCGUUUUUUUAACUGAUGUCUACAAUUAUUUAAGGGAAGCGGUUUGGAAUUAUGGCACAUUAAAGUUCGUUGUUUGGAAUAGAACGCCGAAUGAACUAAACGAAGGCAAAUGGAAAGCUAAACACCUUGCGGUAGAAGCCCCCGUACCAUUAUUUAUCGAAAGUAAAAAACGACCUGUUGUAGUUUCCUCCCACUAUCACCAAAGAUUGACAUGGAAUAACCCUCACUCUCUGUGGGUCUCGUAUAGGAUAUCUGAGAAUUCCCGUUGUCGCAUAUGCAUUUAUGGGAAAUUAGAAUACGGCUGGUUUCACUUCAAGUCUCCACCCAAAUUGAAGUAUGCUGUUUAUAUAACUGAUGAAAAUGAUUGCGAUGAAGAUAAGAAGUUGAAAUCGAUCAUUUUUGUGCAUGAAAACUAUCAGAAUGGAUAUAAUUAUUCGAAACAGAAUGGCGUUACUGCGAAGAGUGCAUUCGAAACACACGGACUGAACCAUGUGUUGAAUGUAUAUAUCUUGGAUUUUCAUGUGGAAGAGAAGAAGGAGAAGCAAGAACGGAACAAGGAGAGCUCCUCCAAUAUUAACAUGCAGGUAUAAUAAUAACCCAGUUCGUAAUUUUGACUGUGCAUCCAAAUGAGUAAAUGACGCGUUCAAGAUGCGUGGGGGAGGGGGGAUACCGAACGGUUUAAAAUAUGCAUAUCAGCUGUUGAAUCUUCAAAUUACAAAAAAUGUUCGAUUAAUUAGUUCACUUUUGUUGCUAAAAUAUUUGUUUGGUUUCGGUUUCCCAGAACACUCGAUCCUAUGUACCUAACAAUAGGUGGGACGCACUCUUUAGUUUUUACACCGAACGUUAUAAUCUACUCAAUAAAAAGUUCUUGGCAUUAAAAUUUUUGAUCUAGUGGCAAUAAUAAUCAGAAGCAAUAUUAAUCUGAAACUAAGAAAUAUAUAUGAAAUCAAUAAAUAUUAAAUCGAUGAAUAAUAGUAAAUGAAGAAUAAAUGAAUUAAUAACAAUCAUUAUCAUACAUUUAAUAUUAAUAUGUAUUCUCGUUUCUAAUUGGUCAGAAAGCACCGGCUAAUUUUCAGUAUUUGGCAUUUAUUACGUAUUUUCCGCCGAUGACGUCAUCAGCGUCCAAUAAUUGUUUUUUUUUGGAUCGAACUUGCAUCCAAAAAAAAAUUAUUGGACUCUCUCAUGCCCAAACCCUCUGCGCGGCCAAAAGCUUGAAGCUAUAAGCGCGCGAAAAAAAAAACAAACAAUGGCUAACAGCAGAUUUGCUUCGCUGAAUGAAAGUGAACUCUCCAAAUUAUUGGCAGAUAAGGAUGGUGAAAGCACGAAAAAUGCCACAAAGGGUUUAUGUUAUCCGCCUCAGCUUCGCUUUGGCAGAUAACAUUGACCUCGGUCUGAAUAAUUCUUGAUAUCAUGCGAAAGCCGAAUCCAAUAAUUGCUUAUUAAUUAUGUAUCGCCGCAGCAACAACAAGGAACUGAAAAGAUUGAAAAGAAUAAUCAAUCGAAGACUAAACAGGUAAAUAAUCAGAAGGAAUAUUAAUCUGAAACUAAGAAAUAAUAUGGCAGAAGCAAGAAGCUUAUAUAAUUAAAUCGAUGAAUAAAAGAAUAAUAAUAAAUGAAGAAUAAACGAAUUAAUAACAAUCAUUAUUUUUUUGCAACUGAAAAGAAUGGAAAGAAUAGUCAAUCGAAGACUAAACAGGUAAAUAAUCAAAGGCAAUAUUAAUCUGAAACUAAGAAAUAGUAUGGCAGAAGCAAUGAAGUUUAUAUAAUUAAAUAGAUGAAUAAAAGAAUAAUAAUAAAUGAAGAAUAAACGAAUUAAUAACAAUCAUUAUUUUUUUUGCAACUGAAAAGAAUGGAAAGAAUAGUCAAUCGAAGGCUAAACAGGUAAAUAAUCAGAGGUAAUAUUAAUCUGAAACUAAGAAAUAAUAUGGCAGAAGCAAUGAUGUUUAUAUAAUUAAAUCAAUGAAAAAAUAAAUAAUAAUAUAUGAAGAACAAAUUAAUUAAUUAAUAAAUGAAGAAUAAACGAAUUAAUAACAAUCAUUAUUUUUUUUGCAACUGAAAAGAAUGGAAAGAAUAGUCAAUCGAAGGCUAAACAGGUAAAUAAUCAGAGGUAAUAUUAAUCUGAAACUAAGAAAUAAUAUGGCAGAAGCAAUGAAGUUUAUAUAAUUAAAUCAAUGAAAAAAUAAAUAAUAAUAUAUGAAGAACAAAUUAAUUAAUUAAUAGCAAUCAUUAAUUGAGUAUUGCCGCAGAAACUAAGGAGUGGAGGCGGUAUGAUAGAACCACAGAUGCCUGGACCUUUACCUUUCAAACAACAACCACAUUGGGGAAAAGGGCAAUUUCAUAUGGGGCUUCGGUGGUGAAGUGGUUAGUGCACUUGCCUUUCACCUCUAAGGUCGCAGGUUUGAAUCUCAGUGAGAACUUCUCAAUGUGACUCGAACCCAGUCCUCAUGUGAAAAGAGUAAAAAGUCAACGCUCUGCCGAAAGUCGUGGGUUUUCUCCGGGUACUCUGUGUUUCCUCCCACAGGGAAAGUUGACAGGGUGGGUUAGGCACAUAGGUCUGGAGGCAGAUCAUUAAUGAGGUAUGGACUAAUAGCGGCAGCUGCUCAAGCGCCAUUUGUAAGCUCAAAGUCUACCUCGGUCUGCUUCACGUCAGUCCGGUUCUAUCUAUCUAUUCAUAAUGUAACCAGUCACUGAAAAGCCCUGAUAUAGGGAGUGUGCUGUGAAAUGUCUGUAUCUGUAUGUUCGGCAUGAAGCUCUAGGAAGAUGUUCUGUGAUUGGUUGAUUAUGACAAUGACAAAAGAAUAAGCUAUAGAAUGGAUUUUCUAAAGAACGAAGCAAGAACAAUAUUCCUUUUGUUUAUGUAAGCCAAUUACGUCUUUUGUCAUUGUCAUAGUGAACCAGUCACAGAACAUCUUCCUAGAACUUCGUGUUUACUGCAAUUUCAUUCCUUCUGCAAAGCAACGUUCCCAUGGUGUCGAUGAUGAGACAGUUCAGCAAGGCUCCAGUCAACCAAAGAAAAACCGUAAACGAAGCGUGGUGAAAAAGAUUGAAUCCGUGAUGAAAGUGCUAGGAAAGAAUCGCUACUUUGUUGAAAAACAACAGAGUCUCAAAUAAAGACAAUUAAUAAGUUGUCGGACAUUCAAUUUUGUUUUAACUUUUGGUCUUCUUUACGCGUCAUGCACUAGUUAGUGGUUAUAGGUUCAAACCAGUUCAGCAUCAUUCGAAAUACUUAUAUAGUUGUUGGAUGAAACAUUGUUGGGCCUAAUUUGAACAAUAGUGGUCGAUUGCUUUUAGCCUAAAUUUGUCAAUUAUUUAAUAGCAUAAAUAAAUACUAUAUGGGGUAAAAUUAAACAAAACGAACAAAAGAAGUGUUUUGUUCUUUACUUUAAUAAUAUCAUGAUCACACAUUUUUGGGGGGAUUCUCUGCAGACCCAAACUUUGAAGAAAAAGAUGGUCUGAUAAAAGCUUUAUAUUGGGAGAGGUUUAUUUAUCAUAUAUUUCUUGCAUGGUUACAACUAUACUUCAGUUCUAUAGGAUUGGAUAAAAUUAUUUCAUUUUAUUUCAUCAUUUUAUUUCAUCAUUUUAAAUAAAAAAUAAUGCUCAUUUUUUUAUGCUAAUUUCGCACAAAAUAUAUCCCCUUUAUUUAUUUAGCAGCUUCAAUAUAUAAAAUUAUAUUAACAUAUAAGAUUAAACUAAGUUAGAUGAUUGACUACGGGAGAACGUCUACGAUAACGAACAGACAAUUCUGAAAUUGAAGAAGUGGACAAGUUGCAUUGAAAAGAAAGUACCUUACUUUCAUUUUUCAAUAUGAAAUUGGGUAUAUAAUUGAUGAGGAACUGAUAAUCUAAAAAGCCAGCUUGAUAAUUAACAGGUAGAAGGGUACCCCCUGUGAAUACUUGCAAUUAAAAGCCAACAUUACUUUAUUUAUCACACAAACUUUAUUUAUCGUAUUUCUACAGUUUCGUGUCUUUUACACCAACCAAACAGUGUGUAUAUGAAAACUAAGCUGACCAAAGUAUCCAACUUACAUGUAUAUACAGGUGCGAUAACACAAUGCACUAAUCACUUGAAGAUACAAGGAAUUGAUCAUCGCAAUACGCCUUAACAGAUAUAGAGUGGUACCUCCUGUGAAUAUUUGCAAUUAAAAGCCAACAUUCUCUACUGAGAUGAAAAGUAAACUAAAGCAAAUUUUUUCACUGAUUCACACUAUAAGGUGGAGGAUGGCAAAAUAAGCUUUAUUUAUCGUACUAGUCUACAGUUUUGUGUUUUUUUCACCAACCAAACAGAAAACUAAGCUGACCAAUGAAAAUAUCCAGCUUACAUGUACAGGUGCAUGCGAUAAAAGACCACUACUUGAGAAUAGAAGGAAUUGAUAAUCGUAAUACGCCUUAACAGAUAUAGUGAUAUACCUCCUGUGAAUAUUUGCAAUUAAAAGCCAAUAUUCCCAACUGGGAUAAAAUGAUGUUAAGUGCUUCAACUGUUUUGCGCACGUCCAGAAGAUUCUUCCACCAGCUUGUAUCAACAUCGUACAUAAUUACUCUUUUUGUCAAUUUUGUGACAGUACGAUACUGUUGACACAUUGAAACACGCUCAAAGGUGGAGGAUGGGGCAAGAAGCGUCAUUUAUCGUAUUUCUACAGUUCGUUGUCUUUUACACCUACCAAACAGGGGGAAUUAGAACUUGUGAUGUCGAAGCAAAAUUUAUAAAAGUGAAUACAAGCGAAACGCCAGGUAAAUAGAAUUUAUAGCUAAAAAUAUUCUUGUUCAGUAAUUAAAAUUGAUAUAUUUAAGUUAUUCUUGGACAAAAGAUAUCAUUUGUGUUGAUAUAACGCUCCAUAGAAUUUUGCUAAACAUGAUAUCGACCCUUGCGAAACUGUUUGAAACUCAGUAAUAUUGAAAGAAAAUGGCACUUGGAUAAAUUACAGCGCUACUGCGCGGCGUUGUUCAACGUUUACUGACGAAACUCUUGCAACUUUCAAACGUUAAAAAAGUGAGGAAAUAGGACGCCUAACGUUCUCUUAUACCGUUUACAUAUUAAGACAGUAUACUAUCCAUUAACAGUAAUUGUUUUUGAAACUAAAAUCUUCAACGUGUAUAGCGUGAAGUUUAAUCUAACUGUAGUACAUUGAUUAAAAAUCUUUUUUUAAGUUUAUGUAAUGAUUUUGUAUCAGAUAUCAUUUUUGCCUUCUUCAUGAAUUAUUAAUGAGUUUCAUAAUUAAAAACCGAGUAUAGAGAAAUUGGUAAUGCUGUUUUCAUUUUUUUAGGUUUUCAGAUCUUUUCCGUCUUCUAUAAAACUUGCGUUGUGGUGAACGGUUCUGAUUACGUCACAGUGGGAAAAUGUGACACCGAGAAGGUUGGCCAGCGGUGGAUGUGGAUAAAUGAUGAUCUAUUACUUCAUAAAAGCACACGCAAGUGUCUAGCAGUUGGUGAGUGUCAAACAGUGGCAAAAUUUUGUGUCACAACAACUUUUUCUGUACUUCUGAGCAGUUGAAACCAAUGGUUGAGGCUAUACUUCCAUCUGUUCCCCGCUCUGAAAAAGGCUAUGCUCCCUAGCGACAGGGCCGCUCCUAGAGGUGAUAAUUUGGGGAGGGGGGUGUAUAUUCAUAUAUUCAUGUUCACAUACCGUAAAAACAAUCACUUUCAAAAGAAAUCCGUCGGGCAGAACACGAAUAUAUGAAUAUACAACUCCCUCCCGCAAUUAUCGCGCUAGGAACGGCCCUGCCUAGCGAUGGAAAAGCAAUUUUUUUGAAGUAUCUUUAUUCAUUGCAUAUUAUACAGUACAGGGUGUCCCCCAAAACCCCAAAACUAUAUUGAAAUAACGUAUUGUUAGAAUUUGAAUGCCUCACCCACAAGUGCAUAAAAGCUUGACGUAAGUAAAUUUUAUGCAUAAAGAAACUGUUUAAGAAGCUGCAUGCUUCUUCCCAAGAGCAGAAAAUCGUGUGCUUUACAAAGAUAUUUUAAUUUCUUAACAAGUCAAUAUUUAAUACAGGGUGUAUCAAUAAAAACGCAACCUCGGAAUUUCCUAAGAAAUUACUUUGCAAUUCUUAAGCAUAAAAGAUUUUAGGCCCCUGGGAAUUGAAAUCGAAUUGCUAAUAGAUCAUAUUACUGUUGUUGUGCAUUAAAUAAAUGCAUAAAUUUUGCUUUAUGCACUCGCGUGUGCAGUAAUUUUGACAGUUAUGCUAUUUUAAAUUCCCAGGCGCCUAAAAUUUUUUGUCUUUAAAACAAUGUCGAUUUCUUGGGAAAUUCCGAGGUUGCGCUUUUUUUGAUACACCCUGUAUAUGCACCCUGUCAAUUUUUACGCAUCUUUGCAUUCAGCUAGUGCUAGGGCAUUCAAAUUCUAACAAUACGUUAUUUCAAUGGUUUUGGGGAUUUUUGGGACACCAAAAUAUAAUUGUUGGACACCAAAUUUGCCAACGGUGGAUAAAUCAAUUUUCACCGGUAAUUUUUAUACGAUUCGUACUUGGCCAUUUUCUCUUAUAAUGCUAUAAAGAAGGUAUCAUUGGAUUUUCUUGCUGUGUAAAAAUAUUAUCGAUAAACUCGAUAUUGAACGCUUGCGAACAUGCUGAAUUUGGAUUAUCUAUGGUCCUGUAGUAUAAUUCUUGUUAUAAUUACCACAGCUUUUCUUGCAUCCAUAGAUGGUGAUAUUAUCGAACAUGAAAAGCUGAAAGUCCUACCUUGUAAUGACUCGAGCCCAAAACAACGUUGGACUUGUACCAGAGAUGUCUUGCGACUCGUCAUGAACAUCUGGAUGUUCAUGAAUUAUGCUCGUGAUGGUGAAAGUCAUUUGAUAACAUCAGAUCAAGCUAGUCUCAGAGACCACUUGAACAUCUACCAAACAGAAUCAACCUUGUGUACGGCAAAGCCAGGAUGUAAGUAUGUAAACAUGUGCUCUUGGAAAACAAGAAAGCUUCGCGAUUGAUAGCGAUGCAACUAAUUGAAAAAUAAAAGGAGAACUUCGACGUUUCGAGCGAAGGCAUGCUAAUUUCUCGACGAAACGCCUUCGCUCAAAACGUAUAUAUUUUUAUAUUUUUAUAGUUUUUAUAUUAAUAUUUUCGGCCUAAGUUAGGCUGUAUUUUCAACAGUGGCCUUUGGUCUAAUUCGAACACACAAUAUUCGAUCAUAAAAUGCUAUAUCGGCAAUAUCACUACUAAAGGACAACUUUGUACGUCUAAGUUUUCCUUGUAUUUUUCUGAGGUAUAUAUUGUAGUUGCAUUCCUUCACUCUUCAGUCGACAGCUUUCUUAUUGUUGCACCUGCCUCGUACCCAGGCGUCUCUUUGUAAAAAAACAGUGAUACGCAUAGGACGAGUUUACAUGAAGUAUUGUAGUCACUGUAGUGGGGAUAGAUGGGCGAAGGGGCUGAUGGGAAGAGUGCACUUGUAGUGAUGGGCGAUACCAGGAUUUUUAAUUCGAUACCGAUACCGAUACUUUUAAGAUCGGUAUCGGCCGAUACCGAUACCUAUUUCGAUACCAAAAUAAACACAAAAUUUCAAUUUUCGAUACCGGAAGUGAGUACUUAAAUUGCUAGUAUCGGCUACUUUCGAUACCUGCCGGUCAGCGUAAAAACAUUUUACAUUACUGUAUGUAAAAUAAAUAAAGCUAUAAGUGAACCAAAAGCCCAAAACGUAAUAAAUAUUUUCUAUAUAUGACUUGGCGCACCACAUUUGGAAUAUUAAGAGUUAUUUUAGUGGUUCAUUAAGUCUUAUUCAACCAAGAAGUAAAAUUAAACAAGUCGUUUAAAAAAGGGUGUAAGUAUCGAACAAUACCACGUCAGUAAUCGAUACCGAUACCGCUGUUUGUGGUAUCGCUGGUAUCGAAUACCGAGUACUCGGUAUCGCCCAUCACUAUGCACUUGAACUGCGAGGCGCCUGGCAGUUCUUGGUCGAUUUCUUGCAAGUUGUGAUAUUUCGUUGUCGUUUACGAUUUUUUGUUACCUGUUUUUGUUGAAUUGACUAAUGUUAAUAUUCUUCUGUCAUCUGGGCGUGAAUUCAUGCUGUUAUUCUUGAUAUAUAUGACAUAUGCCUUAUUUAAAGUCCAUGGAAAUUCCAAUAUUAAAAUUUCAACAACCGAAGCGUUGAAGAAUUAGACAUGCAGGAACUAGAUUUGUAAGCUAUAACUAUAUAAAGGUACAAACUUAAACUAUAAAAUUGCACUGUUGUAAUAAAUAUUUCAAACUUUACGGCUGUGAAUUUUUAUUUACUUGGGCUUUUGUUUACAGUAUACAUUUAAUAUAAAUUGCCAUUGGCAUUGUGAUCGACUGAUCGAGCCUUCAGCUAAAGAAGUUAUUAAUAUAAAAGCAAUUAUAUGACUUUCUAAUCAUCUCUCUGUUACUAUUUUAUACUAAGCAACUGAUAGCAUUCUAUUAUUCUCCAUGUAAUGCCGAAUGUAAUGACAUAUUCGAAAUAUUCGCACGGUUAACUUGCCAUGUAAUUUACACAUUAUUUUUCGCGCGUUUUGCAUGUCAUCAAAUAUCUACAACUUUAUUAUUAUUUGCCAAUGGCGUUCAAUUCAACUCUUCACCAAAAAAUAAGGUUUUACACACAUAGUAUAUGACAAUAUGGUAACGUUUUGUAUUAAAUUCCAUGUUUUCCUGCCAUGACAGUAUACUAGAACUGCCAGGCGCUCCCCAGCAUUCACUCUUCCCAACAGCCCCUUCGCGCGUCUCCUACCUACCUGAAUACUUCAUGUAUUGUAAUUAUUUAAAGCGCCUGGGUACGAGGCAGUUGUUGCACUAUAUUGGACUGACAUGCACAGUCCACUCUGUAUACAAACAUCCUGGACCCUGAUUAAAUUUUUUCUGGUUAUAGCCUAUAGACUGAUAACCCACAGUAGCGUAUCCAGCCCGACGAUUUAGUCCCGCUAUGCAAAUAUUUUCGUAUUCAUUGACUGUGAAAACAAUCAAUUUCUAAAGAAAUGAAUAAUGAUAAUAAUUUUGAAUUUGCAUAGCAGGACCAAAUGGACGACUUGCGCUUUAGACUAAAUUUUAAUCUAAGUAAGAACAACGAAAUCUAUCACCACAGCUAGAAAGAGCGUCUUGGAAUUAGUAAUAUUACAAAGUUUGGUUGCGAAAUGUUGUAAAAUACGGAAAAUAUAGCCCUUCAAAGUUGGAAAUUUGUAUACUUUUGUAUUACGUGCGUGAAUUGGUAACUAUACGAAUUUGCCAACUUCGCAGGGCUAUAUUUUCCGUAUUUUACAACAUUUUUCAACCAAACUUUGCAGUUUUUCUAAUUUUGAUAACUUCUUUCCAAAAAUAUCCUUUGUUAUUCCCAGAUUAAAAAUUUUUCUAAAGCGCAAGUCGUCCAUUGUCGGCCUGGCUACGCCACUGGUGGUAACCCAUAUGGGUUGAUAUUCCUGGUUACAGUUGCUGUUAUUUUAUCUUACUUCCUAUUAUAUGUCUGGUUAAUGUAACCAAGGAUCUGGUUAUAUUUGACAAGGACGUCCUCUCAAAUUCACCAGACUAUCUAUCCUGCUGUUAGGUGGAAAUGUAACCAGAGCUUCCAGUUAUAGGGUGUCCCCCCAAAAAGUACCCUCUAUAGAAAUUUAUCCUAUUGUUGUUAAACACAGGAUUUUAUGCGAAUGGUAAUUAAAAAUUCAAUUCAAUUGUGUUUACGCACUUUUGUGUUCAGCAUAGUGCUCAGGCAUUCAAAUUAUAACAAUAGGAUACUGAGUCCUAUACAGGGUGUAUAAAAAAAAAAGGUAAUCGAACUUCUACGCGCUAUUGUAUCUGAAUAUUUUUUCACAUUCGGAAAGAUCAUGCUUUUAGCUGUUGAAUGAUAUCUUCUUCAUGCCAAAUGGAUAAAAAAUGAGCAAAUACGAAUCCGAUAAAAAAUGCUAGUCAGAAUCGCAAUUUUCACUGUUGAGAGUUGGGUCUAAAACCAUUGAAAAUAAACCCCCUUUGGGACUUAAGUUGAUGAAUUUCACUUCAGUAAACUGCACACAUAUUCAUAAUUAUUAUUAAGUAGGAAUAAAUCUUAGCUAAGCUACGAUACGUUCGUGAUUAAUCGCUUUUUCUUUUGUUAUGCAUUGUUUUAAUUAGGCACAGAGGUGAAAAUAUGCGAUUUUGACUAACAUUUUUAAUCGGCCUCGUACAUGUUUAUUUUUUCUCCACUUGGCAUGAAAAGCAUGUCAUUCAAUAGCUAAAAGCCUGAUCUUUCCGAAUAUGAAAACCAAUUGUUCAUACGCCGAGUAAUUCACGUAUAAUAGCGCGCUGAAGUUCGAUUACCUUUUUUUUUUAUACACCCUGUAUAAUGAACACAAGAGUGCGUAUAAAACACAAUUGAGUCGAAUUUUUAUGCCUGGGAAGUUAUUUCAAAGUUUUUGGUAUCGUUCAACAUAUGAAUAUGAUUAUGUGCUGAUUAAUUAAAGCAUGGAUAAUAAAAUAUAUGGAUAGGAAACUAGCUGACGUGACCUAAUGUUUUCAAUGGGCUGAUUGGAUGUUGAAACCUAGUUGCAAACCAAAUUCUCAAAAACAGCAUGUUUAGCAAUAAUACAGCUAAACAUUUUAGUCAAAAAGCAAAUGAAUAUAACUACGCCAUUCUACGAUGAAAUCUCUAAGUAUUCCCAGUCAAUUUUAGCAAAUAUUUCAAGCACUAAACGGUGAAAAAUGCAACCCAAAUUUCGUUAAAAUUGGGGACGCCAAUUUAAUGUAAAAAAAUACAAAAGAAAGACGAAAAGCAUUUACCUUGAAUACUUUGUCGUUUACAAGCGAUUCGUCAUCAAUCACGCCAUCCUGGCUAGUACAACCGGCACUUUGUACCUACCAAAUCCUGAUAAAAACUUCCGGCUGUACUAGCCAAGAUGGCGUGGCCUGACGUGAGCGAGUUAAAAUUUUCGUGGACGUCAAACAAUAAGGGAAACGACUAGAGUUACGCUUCUGAUAUAACUUCCUAUUCUGUGACUAGGUUGUGUUUGCUUACGUCAGCCAGAAUCCUAUCCAUAUAUUUUAUUAUCCAUGAUUAAAGGCAGCGCGCAAACAGUAAAAACUCUUUGCUCUGUAUAUUCAGUUGAAUCAUUUUCAAUCGAACGGUUAGAAUUUUCAUGUACAAUUUAUGCAGUUUUAACAUGCUCGUAUACGAUUACAAUGCAUUCUAAACUCCCAGGGUUAAUGAAGUGUGGGCGUCUUAGUUUGCAUUAGGUUCGGCACAUGAAAAGUUUGACAUUUGACAGUGGCCUAUAAAAGGUUCACUUUUAUUAGACACCCUGUAUAAUUAUCAAUCUAUAAACAUAGUCUUUUUAAAGAAUGAAAUUGACAUGAAUUAUUAAUGAGAAAUCUAUUUUUAGACCAACGAUUCCAAAUAUAUUCGAAAGCCUUCAACCUGUGUGCGAGCGUGGAUGCCAAUGACUACGUUUUAGCGCAAACGUGUGAUCAUGAUUUGUUCUCUCCGUUACAAGCUUGGCAGUGGAUCAACAGCAGGCAAUUACGGCAUGAAUAUACAGGAAAGUGCCUUGAUAUCGUUAACGGAAUUGCCAUUGGAAACAGAAUUCGUAUCAGGACUUGUAACUCGACAAGUAAAUCACAGCAAUGGGCUUGUGAUGGACUCCUUUUCGAGGUGAUUAAGUUUUCAUAUUUCAAGCACAUGCGCAAAAAUUUCACAUCUUGUAGCAAGUCUGCCAACAAGCCGUCAACAAGUUGUGUUCGCACUGCUUGUCCCAAGUUGUCAACAAGUAUGGAACAAGACGUUAACAACUUGUAACAAGCUUGUUGAUCAUUAUCAGACUUGUUGCAAGGUUGUUCCAGCAAGUACGAUACAUUCAUGAUAUAGCAAUACUGUUACAACCUUGUGUCGUCAACUUUGUAACUUUCUUGCUAUAUCAUGACUGUAUCAGACUUGUUAAACAACCUUGUAACAAGUCUGAUAAUGCAAUCAAGCUUGGUACAAGUUGUUAACAGCUUGUUCUAAACUUGUUACAACAACGGUAGCGCCGUGCGGAAUUAAAGACCCUUGCUUGCGAGGUUGCUGUGAACAAGCAGUACGAACACAACUUGUCCACUGCUUGUGAACAGAUUUGUAACAAUUAACUUGUUUGCAGACUUGGAACAACUUGUGCGGUUUUACGCGUGUACACGUAAAACGGCGCAAGUUGUUAGAGAUCUGCAAACAAGUUGCAACAAGGUUGUUGUGAAGCCGAUAUCAGGAUGUGUUCGUACUGCUUGUUCCCAGUUGUUGUAACAGGUCUGGAACAAAUUGUUAUCAUCUUGUUACAAGGUUGAUGACGGUAACAUACUUGCUACAAGUUGUUCUAACAAGACUAAUACAGGCUGUUCGUAACAAGUUGCUACGAGCUUGUUGUCAUCAACUUGUUAACAACUUGUUAGGUGCGGACGAUAUCAGACUUCUUGGAACAACUUGUUGCGAGUCUGUUGGCCUCGUCAGCCUUGCUACAAGACGAUAACAACUUGUUCCAGACUUGUCAACAACUGGGAACAAGCAGUGCGAACACCAAUAAGGUAUUUUCAUAAGCACGCCCAUAUAUGCACCAAAAUCCAGCAUGCUCAUGAGCACGACCAGUAUCACCGGAUUUUGGUAGAUGUAUGAGCAUACUUAUGAGAUACCACGUGAUCCUGUUGACAAGCUGUGAUAUUUUUACGAGAUAAAGAAAACAGAAAUGAAACAAACCUAAAUUAAAGAACGAAGAGCUAAGCCAAUCUGUUUCAUUUUAUAGGUUGGAGGAACGAAGAUAAAAAUGAAUUAUGGCCACGUCGAUAAACCUCAUAUUUUGGCUUAUAACAUAUAUUUACGUGGACCAUAUAGUCGAUGGAUUAUUUACCAAACACCUGAUUCCUCAUUAUGUUCAAUAAACCCUUGUAAGUAUCUUCGAAUCACUUUCGAAAAUCAGGUUUUCCUCCAAAGAUGUGCUUUGGUAUCGGAGGGGUUUCGUGUGUUAUUUUCUAAAUAUUGAUUGUUAUGGGGCUUCGUCUUUUAUCUCGGAGUUCGUAGGUUGGAUUCUCGUUACGGACUCAUGUGAAAAGAGUCAGUCAACGCUCUGCCGAAAGUCGUGGGUUUUCUCCGGGUGCUCUGGGUUCCUCCCACAGGGAAAGUUGACAGGGUGGUUUAGGAUAAACACAGUUAAGAAAGUAAUAUCACAAUUGUUGUAAAGAUAAAAUAGUCUAGGCUAAGUAUGUAAUUAGGUAAGCGUAAUCGUAAUAUAUAAGUAACGAAAAACACCUUUAUUUUAUAGACAAUGAUUUAUUCUCGAAGAAAAUCUUAAAUAUUACAACAGUGGCUUUGAAAGCAUUUUGUUCUAUUGAGUGUGCGAAAGAGCAACGUUGCAAGGCUUAUAUCUUUCUCGAAUUUAAGAAAUCGGAGAAUUGUCUUUUGAGCUCAGACCCUGACGGAAACCAAUCAAUUCCGUACCAUGGCGUGAAUUUUGUCAAGCUUUCAAACGAUCAGGUAAUAUACCAUUCCUGUAAUUACCAUUCACGAAGAGUUCUUUCAGUCCAAUUCGUUUAAGUAAACUGAUUUCAUAUGUAGGAGUGUGACAUCAACUAUUGUCAAAGUGGCUCAACAUGUGUUCGAAGAUGUACUGAGCCAUUCUUUGAGUGUGUCUGUCCUUCAUGGGCAAGUGGCGAGCUUUGUGAAAAUUUAAAUCCAG